AUGGCAGACGACAUCCUGCAGUGCGUUCACAAAGAAUUUAAAUACGUACUCAUAAGUAGCGACAUAAAUGACCAAAUCAAAGAACUAACCUUCAGUGGGAGCGAGAGGAAGUUCCAAGGUGUUCUGGCGUCCCACUUUAGGAGAAUCAUUAUUGACGAGAAGGGAAAAAAUGAGCUAAAGGAAUCUAUAAAGGAGAAGCUUAAAGUAAGUAAGGAAAAUGAUGAUGAAAAAAAAGAGCAACAAGAUGAUCAAAAAAACGGAGUAGAACUAAACGCCAGUGCAAUAACUCCAGACCUAAUCAACAACGCAGUGGAAUCAUCUCAGACAUAUCAAAUAAUCCCAUUGACUAUUCCCACGGAGAAAACAAAUUUCUUUGCUGUCAACUGCUACAUUGAUGACAUUGGGCGCAUAAAAAAAUUACCCUACAACAGUAGAGCAUCCAGAAUUUGUAGCACAGAAAUUUAUGGAGAUGCUUUCCUUUCAAAAACCUAUGAUAAUGAGGAUUUCCGCAGAUGCGAUUUUACCAUUUCGGAAUAUGAACAGUUUUUGCAGAACCCCCCCAAGGCAGAAAAUAGAUGGGACCAGGCUCAAGCCAUGCAAGACCUCUUGAAACAAAUGCAAAGUCAGAAGGAGGAAAGCACUGCCAUCACAGCGCCGACUGUGCGGCCGAAUGUGUGCGAGCAUUGUUAUACGGAAAAGAACCUUAAGAGAUGUGGAAAGUGCAAAAAGGUUUACUACUGCUCGAUAGAGUGCCAACGAAAAGACUUUGUUUUUCACAAAAGAAUUUGUUUAUGA